UGGUGGCUGGCUCGCGUGACAUCGAUAACGCAUAAUAAAUCGAUAAUCGAUCGGUCCCGCGUUUUAUUGAUGAUCGGCAACGCUGCGCGUUAAGUUUAGUGCGUCAGUGCGGCGGGCCGCUCCUGCGCGCGGGUUUGGAGCGCGCGCGCCAUUUUGUCCAGCGGCCGCGGCGCGCGCGCAGGAUGAGUGAGUGACGGACGGACGGCGGGACUGCUGCGCUGCGGAGCGCGCCGACGCUCACCGAGAGGCGAUCUUCAUUUCUCUACGGUUCUGUGGAAGCGGAUCCGAGCGGCGAAGGCUUCGAUCCGACGCCAUUUGGAUGGGAAUUCUCGAGAAAAGCGUGGAUUUAUUCUGAAGGAUUUUUAUCGCUCUCGCCAGAAAGAGGCGCGCGCGACACGAUCUUCACCAAUGGUUGUGCAAGUUGAAGAUAAACUCAAACAUCUAAUACUGCAAGACCCUGCUGAAACAUCAGGGCUGUUCUCACCUGGAAACCACUCGCUAGUCAGUUCAGUGAGCUGUGGUUUGCAGAUGGACUCCCCUGUCAGAAUGAUAUGAGAUCUGUCAGAAGACGAUGCAUACAGGAGGAGAGACCUCAGCAUGCAAACCCUCAUCUGUCCGGCUGGCUCCCUCGUUUUCUUUCCAUUCGGCCGGCGUGCAGAUGGAUGCGCAGACGCCCCAAUCUCACCCGCCGUUCGGCGAUGGUCACCCGCAGGGCGCUGACCAGUCGGGCGCCGCGCUGCCGUACGCCUCGCAAGCCCCCCAACCCAACUCCACCCAGGUAACCGCUGAUAUGGUGAUGUUACAGAGGCGAAUGCCUCAGUGUUUCAGAGAUCCGGCGACAGCACCUUUACGGAAACUCUCCAUUGAACUGAUCAAAACCUACAAACACAUCAAUGAGGUUUACUAUGCAAAAAAGAAGCGUCGUCACCAACAGGGUCAAGGGGAGGACUCGAGUAACAAGAAGGAGAGGAAACUUUACAACGACGGUUAUGACGACGACAACUUUGACUACAUCGUUAAAAACGGAGAGAAAUGGAUGGACAGAUAUGAGAUCGACUCUCUAAUAGGCAAAGGCUCGUUCGGUCAGGUGGUGAAAGCGUACGACCGCGUGGAGCAGGAGUGGGUCGCCAUUAAGAUCAUCAAGAAUAAAAAGGCUUUUCUCAAUCAAGCUCAGAUCGAAGUCCGACUGCUGGAGCUCAUGAACAAACACGACACGGAGAUGAAGUACUACAUCGUUCAUCUCAAACGCCAUUUCAUGUUCCGGAAUCACUUGUGUCUGGUCUUCGAGAUGUUGUCCUAUAACCUGUACGAUCUGCUGAGGAACACAAAUUUCCGCGGUGUGUCUUUGAACCUGACGCGUAAGUUUGCUCAGCAGCUUUGCACGGCGCUGCUCUUCUUGGCCACCCCUGAACUGAGCAUCAUCCACUGUGACCUCAAACCCGAGAACAUCCUGCUCUGUAACCCCAAAAGAUCCGCUAUCAAGAUUGUCGACUUCGGCAGUUCCUGUCAGCUCGGACAGCGGAUAUACCAGUACAUCCAGAGUCGGUUUUAUCGCUCGCCAGAGGUUCUACUGGGAAUGCCCUAUGAUCUGGCUAUAGACAUGUGGUCUCUGGGCUGCAUCUUGGUGGAGAUGCACACUGGAGAGCCUCUGUUCAGUGGAGCUAACGAGGUCGACCAAAUGAACAAAAUUGUGGAAGUUUUGGGGGUCCCUCCCAGUCAUAUUCUGGAACAGGCACCUAAGGCCAGGAAGUUCUUUGAGAAGAUGACCGAUAGCACGUGGUGUGCAAAGAAGACCAAAGAUGGCAAAAGGUAUAAACCCGCAGGCUCUCGUAAGCUGCACAAUAUCUUGGGCGUGGAAGCCGGUGGCCCAGGUGGGCGAAGAGCCGGUGAGUCGGGCCACGCCGUCGCUGACUAUCUUAAGUUCAAAGACCUGAUCUUGCGGAUGCUGGACUACGACCCUAAGACUCGCAUCCAGCCAUAUUACGCGCUGCAGCACAGUUUCUUCAAGAAAACUGCGGACGAGGGUACGAACACCAGCAGCAGUGUGUCCACGAGUCCGGCACUGGAACAGUCGCAGUCAUCUGGAACCACAUCCAGCACCUCCUCAAGUUCAGGAGGUUCUUCUGGAACCAGCACGAGUGGACGAGCCCGAUCUGAUCCGACCCAUCAGCACCGGCACAGCGGAGGGCAUUUCAGUGCUGCAGUGGGCAUCGACUGUCACAACCUCUGCCCACAGGCGAGACAAGCGUUCGUGCCCACGCUGGGCUGGGUCGGAGGAGAUGGGCUUCAGCAGGCCGCGGGAGAGACGCAUCCUGUCCAGGAGACCACCUUCCACGUGCCGCCCCACCAGCCCAAGGCUCUGCACCCCCACUCGUCCCACCAUCAUCAUCAUCACCACCACCAUCACCUCCAUCAGCACCCGCAGGGCCCCGCCCGUCCACGCCCCCGACUCUACUCGCCAUCGCACAGCGCCUCCACGCAGGACUCAAUGGAGGUGACGCACGGCCACCUGUCCAUGACCUCGCUGUCUUCCUCUGCCUCGUCUUCGUCCACGUCGUCCUCCUCCACGGGGAACCAUCACCACGCCUACCAGAGCCGACCGCUGCCGCACGGACUGGGCUUCGGGCACAACGGCAGCAUGACUUUGGGAUUGGGUGCCUUCUCCAACCCGCGGCAGGAGACGGGCGCACCGGGUCACCCAUCGUAUCCCGCGAGCACGAACUCCGGGCCGGGCCACUACAUAGCCGAGACUCACGUGGGCCUAAGACCGGGCAUGGAGCGCGAGGAGUCGCCCAUGGCGGCCAUGUGCGUGCAGCCGAGCUCGGUGGCGAGCUCCUGACUAGCCUGAGAACGCUCGCGUCGCCAUUAAAGCUGCUGGAACAAGACGAGAGCCGAUCUCCGAUUGGCUGCCGGGAGCCACGACAUCACCGUCCGCGGAUGUUUAACACGAGGCUUUCUCUCAAACGUUUGCUUUGGUUUAUCUUCUGUUCUUUCGAUCUCAGAUGGUUUUCGAUGCUCGUUCACCUUCACGCCGCUGAGUUCCUCUGGAAGAUUUGAAGGUGAUGGAGACUCCCGAUCUCUCGAGUUCCUCUUGUUCAUCUGUUUUUCAUGUUGUGCAAUCGUGUGCUUUAAGCAGAGCGUUUCCAGAGUGCAAUGAGACCCUGCAGUUGUGGUCUAGGGCGUGCGUGACAGUGGGCAGUGCUUCUUUAAUAUGGCCUUAUCAUUACAGACUGAAUAAAGAUGAGCUGGACGUUUCUUCAUCUCAAAGUGAGAAAAGCUUUCAUGUAUUUUUGAGUGUGAACACCGUUAAUUCAUCUCCACACAGGAACACUGUCGGAAACAGAAUGGUGAUUUGAGGCCUUUUUUAAAGAUUUGAAUCCUAAUAAUCCACCAGUGGGCACGUGGUCUCGUCUGUGUGUCCCUCCUGCUCCCCCUCUUAAUUUCAGCUUGAUCUCGUUGCUCCUGCGGCGCGCCGUGUGCUUUUAUUUUCAACCUCAAACUUUUGUGUUGCUUCUUUGGUUUUUCACUUCAUUUUUAUUAUUAUUAUUAUUAUUAUUAUCAUGCUGUGAAUUUUACACAAGUUUUAUUUUUCCUUUUUGAUAAUUUAUUGUACCAAAGGCGUUUUUGUUUUUCUUUCUCUUAUUUUGUUUUGUUUUUUUAUAGAACAUAGAUGUCUGUAACCAAUAAUGUAGCAGUUCUGCACUUUUUGAAGCAAAGGUGUGUCACGUGACGUCACAGAACUGGAAGUGUGGUUUUAAUGUUCCUGGACACCACCGUCCAUCGCUUAGGAAAUUCUGUCGCUCUGUUUUGUUUCGCUUCAUUUUCACUCGAGCGUUUCCCAUCGGUGGGACGACGGUGCACGUGGACGCCGCGAGCUGCUCGGCUGGUCCCAGAGCAGCUGGACAGUCAGAGAUCACAUGCGGGCCAGACGCAGGUGCGUGAACGACUCUCACAACUCUCUAAAGCAAUCCAAUCCCAAGACGUUUUCGGUCCACGCCGGUCUCUCUCACUCUCUCUAUCUCUCUCUCUCAAUCUCUCUCUCUCUUUCUCUCUCUGUGCGAUCGCGGUGGUUUCGAACGGACGCAUGGUUCUUUAGGGUUCCUGUGGGCGUGGCUUACGGAAGGGAGUCCAUGAAACAGGCUUCAGGUGUUUACUUUGUGUGACCCCAUUUUAAUAGCUGAAAUAGAAUUUAUGUACAUAUUUAUAUUUUUUUAAUAAAGGAAGUUUAGAACUCACUACUUUUUUCCUAAUGGUAUUUUGAGUACAUUUAAGUCAACCUGCAGUGGAAGUGGUAGUCAAUGGAUAUCAGUGCUUCCAUGCCAAAGUAGUUGACGAUGACGACGAUGUUAGUACAAAUGAUGUAGGGUUGAGAUGGGAGGGGGAGUAGCUCUUCAUACUUCUUCAAUAUUCUAGACAGGGUAUCGUUUGUGGAUGUGUCUACAAUCAGAACGACAUCGGGCGCCGGUUCACAUGUUCGUAUGACGUAGUACACAGGAACUGUUGUUUUUCUUUCAACUGUGGUACUUCAAUAAAUGGGUCCAUUUGAAAGCGGAAGUCGUGCUGUGGCGGACGGUUUGUGUUGUAGGGUGACAAACAUCGACAGAGCUCCUGCAAACAUUUCAGGCCACACCUGAUUUUACUCUUUAAUUCUGUCUCUCUCUCUCUUUCUCUCCCUCCCCCUCGUCCAACUUUCCCCUCGGCUUCCCGUCCGGUUCACAUUUACACUCCUCGUUUGGUUCCAGGACAUGUGAUGAUGAUGAUGAUGAUGAUGAUGUAAACAAAACGACAGACGGAUAUUUGGGAUCUUUAUCAACAGGUUGUAAGAUCAGGACUUUGUGUAAAUUAAAAUGUCGCUGAAGGGCAGUAAUGGACAAACCCUUUGUACUAUAUUCAAGCGGUCUUAUGUAUGAUUAUAAAAAAACAAAGUUGCUUAACUUGUA